AUGGCUGACGCAUUUGACAAACUUCGUAUGAUGGAAGACGAAAUGAACAAGUAUUUUUAAGGGAAUAUUAAGUUUUUUGAAUUUUGUUUUUUACAUAAUUUUCUUUUUCUUUAAGAUUUGAAGAAGAAAUUGGGAUACCUAAUUAUGUUGAUGGAACAUCUUGUACUCAAACAUAUAGCCAAAUGAACCACCAUUUAGUAAAUCCUAAUGGGUAUCCGAUUGAAAAUGAUUCUACAAAUUCAUACAUGGAGAGUACAUUACCACUAAAUUCUGGUAAAUUCAAAUUGAAUUAAUAUGUUAUAUAGUUGUUUAUACUACCUAGAUAAAACAAUUUUAUUUUAUAUUUUAUGAAAAUUAGUUAAAUUAUUGAAUUAUUAAAAAUAUCUAUUCUAGUACCUAUUGAACAAUUUAGGACUAUCACAUAAUUUUAAGGAGAACGCAUAUCUUGUAUGUCUUGUAUUUGCUUACCUAGAUGCUACCUACUUAUCAAAUAAAAAAUUUGAUUAAAAAAUUUACAUAAGCUGACAUACUUUUACUUUCUUUUUUUUUAAUAACAAUCACUAUUUAUAAUUUAUUUAUUUCUCUUAGUCUGAAUACAAAAUUUAUAUUAUAAUAUUGAACAAUAAAAUAAUUAUUUCAAAAUUAAUUUUUAGGGUGUAUAUAAUAUAUGUAUAUUUUUAGUUAAUACUUAGGGUUAUUGUUAAAUUUGUUAAUCUGUAUAUCAUAUUAGCUUAAAAUUCAUUUGUAGACUUCAGAUUUUUCUUCUGUAUUCAAUUUUCUUUAUUUGUUUAGAUAAAUUUUCAAUUAUGGGACAGCAAAACACUAUGACAUCUCAAGGAUAUAAUAAUAUGCGGCCAGGAUUUUCUAAUAAUCAAAUUCAGUCUCAACGGAGAUUUAAUGUAAAAGUAGAUAAAACAAUUGGACCAGUAAUUCUCAGGUAUGAUAUUGAGUUUAAAAUAUAAAUAAAUACAGUAAUUCUAAUCAAAUUAUCGCUGAUAGUAAGUUAAUUAAUUUUGUAAAUUCUCUUUUAGGUAGUUUUAGUCUUUAAAUCAGUGGUUCCCAAACUUGUUUUUUUACUGUACAAAAAAAAAUUCCCAAAGAGGCCCCCUUCAAAGACCAAAUUACAUAGAGGUAUGCAGUGAUAAAUUAAUUUAAUGUGUAUAUUUAUUAGUGAUAAAGCAAAAGAAGAUAUUACCUUAAUAAGAUAGAUGGUGUUUUCCUAAAAAUUUGGUUCAGUUUAGUCUAGUUUGGUUUAAUUUUUUUAUUGAAUAUUAAUUUUACUUCCUCAUUUGUGGUUACUACUAUCAUUUAUUCUUCUAAUUUUAUAGAAUUUUCAGUUUUUGUUUAUGAAGUGGGGUCUAAAACCCAGUUGAAGAUGUUUAUUUUAAAAUUCCAAUUGAAAAAAAAAAUCACAUCCAAAAAACAACCACCGCUUACUUUUAUAAUUCAUUCCCUCCCAAUUUAACUUGUAACUUCCAUUGUUCCUCUUGGAGUUUUACAAAUUACUAUAGGUGAAGUUCAGUGGAAAUCUAUAGACAACAUAGCACUUGAGAAUUAAAAUGGAUGCCUAUUUACCCCUUUUCCUUUAUCACUUUAAGUGUUGAAUAUUAUAAAUUAUUCGACUCCAUAAACCUACCAAAAUAUGAAUCAUCUUUGUAUAAUUUUUUUGUAUGCAAAAUAGCAAAACAAUUAAGCAUAUUUAUUAAUAAUAUCAUAAUUUGAUUUCAGACUUUACUAUUUCUUUCUAUUACUAACUAUUUUUGUUAAUAUUAAAUAUUUAUUUAUUUUAUUUUUAUUCAUUUUACCAAAAUUAUAAAACUGAGUACCUAAAAUAUUGAUAAACAAUUUCUUAUUCCAAUGUAUUGCCCCUUAUAAAGGUCAGUUAUUCAAAGAUUAAGAAAAAAUAUGAAUAUUCUCUUCAAUCAUUUUAAAAGUUGAGUAAUAUAAGUAAAUUAAGUAAAGAAUUAUUUUAUAUUUAAUUACAACAAAGUAACAUAAUUUUAAACAAAUUACAAUAUCAGUUAACUAGACUAAAAUAAUAAUAAUAAAUAUUGAAUAAUAGAAUUGUAUUUAAAUGUAUACAUACUAUGUUGAAUUAUUUAUUGUAUUGUAUUUUUCAGUGGAGCUCCUAAACUUUACACUUCCAAACCUGAACCUCCUCAAUUACCUGUUAGUGAUCCUAUUAUUAAACCUGAAGAUGUACUAAAAAUGACAACCAGCAUUAAUCCAUUAAAAAAAGAAUCAAAAAAGUCACAACCUACAAUAUUGCCUGGUAAAGAAAUGGCAGAGGCUGUUAAAGCAACAUCUAAAACAGUUGUUGUAUCAGCUGGCGGUAAUGCUGUUGCUGCAGCUGAAUGUGCAGCCUCAAUUCCAAAUCAAUCUGCCAAGAGUAAAGGGAAAAAAAAUAAAAAAUUUAUACGGACAUCUGGUGGACAAGUAUGGGAAGAUCAAACACUGUCUGAAUGGGAUGAAGGUAAAAUCUCUAUAAUAUUAUAUUUUACUAUUAUUAUAUAAAUGUUAUAUAAAUAUUGUUUUUAGAUGAUUUUAGAUUAUUUUGUGGAGACUUGGGUAAUGAUGUUACAGAUGAAUUAUUAGCUCGUACAUUCAGCCGCUAUCCUUCAUUUCAAAAAGCACGCGUAGUUCGUGAUCGCCGAACUAUGAAAACUCGAGGCUUCGGGUUUGUUUCAUUCAAAGAUCCAGCUGAUUUUAUUAGAGCUACAAAAGAGCUUAAUGGUAUUUUUGAAUUUGUUAUUAUUUAUUUGUACAAUGCUUAUAUUCCAAUUAAUUAUUAGGACGUUAUGUGGGCAGUAGACCAAUUAAACUACGAAAAAGUAUGUGGAAAAAUAGAAGUUUAGAAGUAACUAAAAAGAAAGAAAAAGAAAAGGCUGCACUUAUUAACUUACUUACUGGUCAAUCUUCAUGA